CAAAGCUACGACGUACAUCGACUUGGGCAGCGACACGUGUCGUUUCGUUUGCCCACGGAAAAUAAAAUCGAAAACAAAAGGACAGAAACAAGAAAACUACAUCGAUUUUUUAAUUAUUUUUUCCACGCACCUAAACGAAUUAACGACGUAGCAGAUGCUUCGCCGCGCGUGCACACGUGUCGUCGUCGGCGGCCGCCGGCGAGCCCCCAUGGCCUCCUCCCUCCUCUCCUCCGCCGCCUCCGGCCUCCCUCCCAAGCCGCAGCCACCUUCCUCCACCCCUCCCUCCUCCGCCUCCGCGCGGCCGCGGGGCUUCCGUCGCUUCAUGCUCGCCCGCGCCGCCGCGGGCCGCGACCCGGAGCCGCCGCCGCUGCCCGAGGGGACCGAGAAGAGGUCGCUCGCGGUGAGGACGGGGGAGGUGUUCCUGGGGCUGGCGGCGCUGCUGGUGCGCGCGGGGAGGGGCGGGGGGGCGGCGGUGGAGGAGGUGGAGGCGAAGGACGGGGUGGUGUGGGAGCAGCGGCCCGAGGACGUGGAGGCGGAGCGGCGGCGGCGGGAGCUGACCGGCCCCGGGUUCAGCUUCUCCGCCGCCGGGCUGCUCUUCCCCUACCACAUCGGCGUCGCGCAGUGCCUCAUCGACAGGGGCUACCUCACGGAAAGAACUCCGUUAGCUGGUUCAUCAGCUGGUGCCAUAAUCUGUGCAGUGAUUGCAUCUGGGAACACGAUGCGAGAUGCUUUGCAAGUGACCAAGGAUCUAGCUGAUAACUGUCGGAGCAAUGGGACAGCCUUUCGCCUUGGGGCUGUACUCAAGGAUGUUCUAGACAGGUUUCUCCCAGAUGAUGUGCACAUUAGGUGCAACGGAAGGAUCCGUGUUGCUAUUACUCAGCUGUCCUGGAGGCCUAGGGGCUUACUGGUUGACCAAUUUGACUCAAAAGAUGAUGUAAUCAGUGCAGUUAUUACAUCCUCUUUUAUUCCUGGAUAUUUAGCUCCCAGGCCUGCAACUUUCUUCCGGAACAGGCUGUGCAUUGAUGGGGGCCUUACGUUGUUUAUGCCACCAACUUCUGCUUCCGAAACAGUUCGAAUUUGUGCUUUCCCAGCCAGUCGACUAGGAUUGCAAGGGAUUGGUAUUAGUCCAGACUGCAAUCCGGAGAACAGAGCUAGCCCCCGACAGCUGUUUAACUGGGCUCUGGAACCCGCCGAAGACGAGGUUCUAGACAAAUUAUAUGAGCUUGGGUAUCUGGAUGCAGCUGUAUGGGCUGACCAGAAUCAAGUUGAGUUGAUUGUGAAGAAUGAACAGCCACUCCGCGUCACAGAUUGAGAAGACACCAACAAGAAGACCCUGAGUUCUUGAACCUAACAGUAUUUGGUUUGCUCAAAAGCUAACAUCUGAAUCUGUUUGCCCCAGCUGUGCUCAGAAGUCUCUCACGUACAACUGCAUCAGCUGUAUUUCUUUUCCCAAAUUUUGCCAGCUCUAGGUUACCAGUUCAAUACUACAAUGGUUUGUAAAGUGUGACUGCUGCAACCACACGAGAGCUUUACUAUGCUACUCGUUGCCUUGAUUUUGCAGUAAAUAUUGUUUUGUCCUCCAUUGCAAGGAAGAGUAGAUUUUGUAAGAAGUUAGUAAAAAAAAAGGAAGAGCAAAAUCCAUUACAAGA